ACUUCGAGGGUAUUGUUGGACCUAUAGUGUAACAAAGGGUAAAAUUGAUCAUAUUCAAAUAGUAUAAGGUGAACCUUUUCCUUUUUUUCUUUUAUCCUUUUUUGCCCUUUUUCUUUUGAGUGAUUUGAAUUAGCGCAUAGUUAAGCAUACGCCAUGGCACAAACCAUGCAAUUCAUCAAAUCCAAGUCCAUAGCUCAUUCUUGCUUCAACUUCACACGCUCAUUCUCCGAUUUUUCAUCUCUCUCCAACCUCUUACAAGGCUGCAUUCCACAUAAUCACCUUCUACAAAUCCAUGCUCGGGUUUUCCGUAUUGGUGCUCACCAAGAUAACCUCAUUGCCACCCGCCUUAUUGGUCAAUACCCAUCAAAUAUUUCCCUCCGGGUACUUCGCGGCCAGUUGAAAAAACCCAAUCUUUUCCCCUUCAACGCCAUUAUCAGGGUUCUUAGUGAAGAGGGAAAUUUCACUGACGCAUUCUUGGUUUUUAACAAGUUAAGAUAUCAGUCCCUUUUGCCUAAUCAGUUGACCUUUUCAUUCCUUCUCAAAGCUUGUUCUCGUUCUGGGAAUUCAUAUUAUGUUCAACAGGUUCAUUCCCUUGUUCUAAAGUUGCGUCUUGGUGAUGAACCAUCUCUCUGUAAAGGGUUGUUAAGUGUUUAUGCUAGGAGUUUGAGAGAGUUGCAUUCUGCGCGUAAGCUGUUUGAUGAAAUGCCUGAUAAGGAUGUUGUUUCUUGGACUUGUUUGAUUUCUGGGUAUGCCAAGUUGGGUUUGUCUGAGGAAGCUUUGUGUCAAUUCUUAUCUAUGGUAAAUAAGAGUUUGAUCCCUGAAAAUGAUACUAUGGUUAGUGUGUUAUCUGCAUGUUCAAAACUUGAUAUGUCAAAUAUUGAGAAAUGGGUUGGGAACUUUUUGUAUGAUUUAGGAAGUUCUGGAUGUGACUCGGUUAGUAUUGUUCUUUGUUACUUGUAUGGAAAGUGGGGAAAGGUUGAUAAGAGUAGGGAAAUAUUUGAACAGAUUUCUGGUGAUGGGAAGAGAAGUGUGCUUCCUUGGAAUGCUAUGAUAGGCGCAUAUGUUCAGAACGGCUGUGCGCUGGAGGGUUUAAGUCUUUUCCAGUUGAUGAUGGAGCUUAAUUGUUGUUGCCCCAAUCAUGUGACGAUGGUUAAUGUGCUCUCAGCUUGUGCUCAAGUUGGUAAUUUGUACCUUGGUUUGUGGGUUCAUGAGUACAUGAAAGGUAGUAGGCAAAAAGGGUUUUUACUUUCAAAUGCAAAUCUUGCAACUGCUUUGAUAGAUAUGUACUCUAAAUGCGGGAGUUUAGAGAAAGCAGGAGAUGUUUUUGACCAAUUGGUUGUUAAAGAUGUUGUUUCAUUCAAUGCUAUGAUCAUGGGUCUUGCAAUAAAUGGUAAAGGCAUGGAGGCGUUAAAACUUUUCUCGCAAAUGCUAGAGCUUAAUUUGCGUCCGAAUGCUAGAACAUUCCUUGGUUUGUUAUGUGCUUGCAGUCACUCAGGUUUGACAGCAGAAGGCCGUCAGAUAUUUAAGGAAAUGAGCCAAUGUUUUUGUAUUGCUCCUAGAUUGGAACAUUAUGCUAGUUAUAUUGAUCUCCUCGCUCGAGUAGGUUAUGUUGAGGAAGCACUUCAAGUUGCUACCUCAAUGCCUUUUAAACCCAACAAUUUUGUAUGGGGAGCUUUACUUGGUGGCUGCAUGCUGCAUAACAGAUUGGAACUAGCCCAAAUUAUUUCAUCCAUUCUUGUUGAGAUGGACCCUAACAAUUCUGCUGGCUAUGUGAUGUUGUCCAAUACAUAUGCCAGUGAUCAACGCUGGAGUGCUAUUUCACGACUGAGGUUGUCUAUGAAGGAAAAAGGAGUAGCAAAGAUGCCAGGAUGUAGUUGGAUUAACAUUGCCGGAGUAGUGCAUGAAUUUCUGGCUGGGUCCUCCUCACAUCCUCAGAAUGAGAGCAUGCAUAGCAUAUUGCAGGUGUUACUGAAGGAGAUGAAGCUAGCAAGUAUUUAGACAACUCACAAGCAUAUUCUUGUUGAGGAGUUACUAUCAGCACUCUUUCUACCAUGCGGUUUCGCGUGCAUAAAGAAUGAGGUUUGGUGGGAUGGAGCUGCAUUAAAGAUCUCUGUUGUUCAGAAAGGAUAUGCGGACUCUCUGGAAGGCACUAGGCUAGUGGAUACUGUCGCUUGGUUUCAUAGGGCUAUCUAUUUGCAGCAUCGACUGUCACAAGUACUCUCUUCAGUGGAGUUAUUUCUGGACUUCAGAUUGCUGCCUUUAUGCUCUUUUUAGACCACUAACAUCAGGAUACUUGUUUGAGCUUCCUGAUACAGUCAGACAAUUUCGAAAGUCUCGAAGAAGCCUGCAAGAGUGGAGCAGUAGUUGGCAUCACACCAUCAGAUGUGUCCUGCAUUGAGAGACAUUAUGAUGAUU